ACAGUGAAGGGUCUAGAGAGCAAAUAUUCUUUUUUGCUUUUCUCAAAUGGGGCAGAGAAGGGCAUCCAUUCUUUUGCUUUUCAAAAAAGUAGGUCUUUGCUAAAAAGAGGCCGAUAGCUCUCAAACUGCUCGCUCCUCAUCAUUUGCAGAGGUCUAGAGCCAUUUGGCUAGGUUUGGUGAAGAUGGCAGGUGGUCAGGCAGUCGAGGUCCUGAUGGAGAGAGUCAGGGAUCCGAAGAAAUGGAGGCUCUCUCUAAGGGAAGACGUCUACGAGUCACUGCUCUCUCAAGCUGGUGAUGGUGUUGUGCAGAAGAUCUUUAGUGGGUGUUCCAUCUUCAGCCCCUUGUUGUUCGGCAAGUUCUUUGAUCCCUCGGAUGCGUUCCCCCUCUGGGAUUUUGAGUCGGAGAGCCUGCUCUCGGGCUUCAACCGGGAAUCUGGCAGCUUUCUUGGUGUGGACUGGUUUGAAACAGAGACGGACUAUGUCCUAAAAGCAGAAUUACCAGGAGGAAGAACCAACGAUCUUCAGAUAACUGUAGCAGGGAGGAUCGUGGAAAUUAGUGGUCAGUGGAAAAGCAAAGAGAAGUGUGGUAAGGAUUGGCGAUGCCAGAACUGGUGGGAUUGCGGAUACGUUCGCCGGCUGGAACCACCCGAAAAUUCAGAUCCUGGAAAAUUGGAAGCAUUUAUUGAUGAAAAUAUUCUCGAAAUCAAAAUACCCAAGAUUUUGAAUGGUGAAUCUUCCUCACCCACUAAUGCUGACAGGGCCAGAGACUCGUAAGCAUAUUAUCUGAAGGAAAAGAACUAAUCUCAUCCUUAAAAAUAAAGAAAAAAUGAUGUAUUUAUGUUGAUAAUAUCAAGACAGUAUGAUGGUAUGUAAUGUGUAUGGAUGGGAUCCUAUCACUUGAUUGACAGAGUUGCUGUCUUAGGCAAGAAUUCUUGAUUUUAGAUGUUAAUCGUCUCAUCGAACAGAUCGCCAGGUUAAAAGAAACUGAUGAGUAUGACUGAAAAAGGAAAGAACAUGACAUUCCUUAACCCCACCCCACCACCAAAACAAAACAAGUGUGCUGUGUCUUCUCAAGCUCAAUAAAUCUUUGCUUUCUUUGA